AUGUCUGAGCUCAAACAAGUCUGGAAAGGGUAUUUAAACCUGGAAAAGCUGGGAGACACGCCAAAACACGUCAGUCCACUACGCAAAAAUUCACAGAAAGUCCCCAUAUCGCUGUGGGACUGGCACAAGACGAAUCUGUCGUCACGCGACGAGCUGGUGGCCGAAAAACUCGUCUCUGUGUCUCAACUGCCGCUCUGGAUGUUGAUCCAAGUCUCACCAACGCCUCUCACAUCAUUAUGGGUGUCAUGCACCCACGAUGAGCUUCAAAAACACCUUUCUCAGCUGCUACAAGGCGAUUCAGGACUGCUGAUUUCGUGCAGAGAAUCCCUAUACCUCAUGCAUGCCUCUGAGGAGAACAGAGUGGCACUGACGCUGUUAGGAGACCCUCUGGAGUACGCCAAGAUGCUCAAGGAGCUGGUGAGCGAGUCAUCGGUGGCUCCCCAACCAGCUGUAGUCACGUUACAAAAGGUUGUUCAAGCUGCUAUGCGACUCAGAGGAAUCAGAACAGACGAGGAGGGAAGACAGGUAUACAAGCAUGUGCUUGCAGCAGCAGAAUUCAGUCUGAGAAGGGAACUGGGAGAAGCUGGAGUGGAAAAGAUGAGAGACAGAGUGGAGAAUAUUCUGUCGUUGCUGUAUUAA